AAUAGAACCAGUGAUUAUAUGUAAGAGCUGGGACUCGCCGGGACGACACUUAAACCGUUUACCUACCGACGUUCUCACACAAGAGGCGUUUUUAUCAAAGCCUGUCCGCUAAUUAAGCAUUCAGCGGAUGAUCGUCCCAUCUAGACCUGUAUGGAUAAUUGUGUAUUAAAUUAUGUGACUGCCAUAUUCUAUUUGGAUUUCCUAUUAUAUCCUAUAAUCCGGAGACGACCGAGUAAUGAGUCGAAAAAGCAGAAAACAUAAUCUAGCUUUUUCUCUCGAUGAAAAUAUAACAAGGCAAAAGGCUUGAAUCGGACUAUGUAAUAAGACUUUGUUCAUUGGUUUAAAUUGGAAUUUAAACUUUUUAAAACAUCGUUAAAAUCUGGGGGAUGAGCGAGUACCAAAUUAUUUAAGCGUGUCGAUCCGUGCGGAUUGCGGAGUUUCUAUCCGUCUCUAGCUACUUUGCGUCAAUCUGACCAUACAUCCAGAACAAUUGAACUGAUCAGAGAUUUAAAAAAAAAUUUGAUGCGUGGGUCUUUUUUCUUUAGAUUCUUGUUUCAUUUUCAGUGUAAGUGUUGAAACCACAUGCAUCAGUCUUUGACGGAUUUAUUUCCUAUACAGUGAAAUGAAGGGUGAAAAAAUUCCAUGAAAUAGGUGAAAAACAGUAAAAGAAUUUCUUAUAUUCUAAGAGUGAACAAUGGAUCUUCAUUUCUGUGAGUUGUUUCUGUUAGUUUUUGUGAUUGGAAUUACGCCAUCAAAAGGAACAUACAAUCUUAGAGCCGGAAUGCCGAAUGUCUGUCCGUUCCAAGACGUGGAGACGAGGCUGGUCCAAGUUCCGUGCAGACAAGCAUUUACCAGGAUAGCCAAGGUGUGGAAACCUGACUGUGGAAAAUCCGGACACUGGUGCAUUGGGCACGAACGAAGAACUCAGUACUUCACCACCUAUAAGCAAGAUUACAGGAGAUUUGUUGUCACCAAAUACCAGUGUUGUCAUGGCUGGCAGCAACUGCACUCACAGGCUGGCUGCAUGUACAGACAAUGCAGCCAGACAGCCUGUUUGAAUGGGGGCCGGUGUGUGGAUGGAAACACCCAGAGAUGUGUCUGUCCAUCUGGGUUCCAGGGGUCGCGCUGUCAGUAUGAUGUAAAUGAAUGUACCAAGGGAAUCAGUGGGUGUGACCAGGACUGUCUGAACACUAUGGGAUCCUUUCAGUGCAAAUGUAGGCAGGGCUUUAGGCUGGGCAGGGACGGAAGGACUUGUGAAGACAUUAAUGAAUGUGACAAUGGAAAAGGGGGAUGCCAGCACGAAUGUCAUAACACCCACGGAGGGUACCAGUGUCUCUGUCCGGUAGGCUACCGGCUCAGGGCAGACGGUCGGAGCUGUGAGGUGGAAUCGGCUUGCCGAGUAAACAAUGGGGACUGUGAACAGGUGUGUCUGGAGGGCUCCGUUCGGGGACACUACAGGUGUGGCUGUAGAGAGGGCUACCAACUCAAAAGUGAUAGUCGGACUUGUGAAUUGACUGAUCCCUGCAGAAACAGAAAUGGAGACUGUGAACAUACAUGCAUCAAUAACAAUGGUAACAGAGUGUGUGAAUGUUACCGUGGAUACAAGUUAUCAGCUGACCAGAGGCACUGUGAGGAUAUUAAUGAAUGCUUGAACAACAAUGGAGGCUGUAGUCAGGAGUGUGCCAACACGCAGGGUUCUUUCGAGUGUCGAUGUCAUCCAGGCUUCCAGCUGGGCAUCAACAGGAAGUCAUGCUACACCUCUUGUGUCUAUGAGGUACGGAAAACUCUAUCAGGGACGAUUCAUGUGCCAGGGGUAGAACUGGAGCCAGUAGACAGCUGUGCCAUCAACAAUGGAGGAUGUGCCCACAGUUGUCGCCACGAGGAUGGAGGAGCCGUCUGCUCCUGUAGGAAAGGAUACAUCCUUCAGAUAGACAAAAAGUCCUGUCUAGAUGCUGACGAGUGUGGCUUGGAGCAGGCUUGCUGUGCCCACCAUUGCUCUAACAAUCCAGGGGGCUACACAUGCAGUUGUAGAAGUGGCUUUGCUCUGAAUCGAAAUGAUGGCUGCUCGUGUGAUGAUGUGAAUGAGUGUUCGAUGGAUAAUGGUGGUUGUGAACAGGAGUGUGUGAAUAAGGAAGGUUCCUUCACAUGUGUAUGUAAACCAGGAUACAGACUGGCCCCCAACAACAGGGGGUGUAUCUUGAUAGAUACUGGUCCCCACAGAGGGGACAUCCCCUCCCCAUUACAGUACAAGGCAUCAAUACGACCCCUCCCUCUGGUCGAAAGUCUCAAACUCCAAGAUGAACUGAUAGAUGCUGAUAUCAAAUAUGAGUGUGUGCGAGGAAGUUUUGGCCCAGACUGUGAGUGGACCUGUGACAGCUGCCAGAAUGGAGCCAGCUGUAACCAUGACAACCCGGGCUGUCUGUGUGCCCCGGGGUGGCAGGGAUUCCUCUGUAACCAGACCUGCCCACUGGGGUUCUAUGGCAGUGGAUGCAGUAAGAACUGUACCUGUCAGAAUGGUGGUACUUGUGACCAUGUGACCGGGAGGUGUACCUGUCCCCCGGGGGUCAGAGGCGAGUCCUGUGAGGAUGGCUGCCCUGCCGGGUUCUUUGGUAAAAACUGUGACAAGAUCUGUUCUACACCUUGUCACAGUGGCCAUUGCAAUAGGGAGUUUGGGUACUGUCAGUGUCCACCCGGAUUUGUGGGACCCUACUGUAAUGCUAGGUGUCCGUCCUUUAACUGGGGGUCAAACUGUGUUAACACAUGUCGAUGUAACAGGACCACAACAGAUUACUGUAACCCAGAGAAUGGCAAAUGCUCAUGUAAGAAGGGUUUCCAUGGUGACCAGUGUGAGUUUCGAUGUUCGCAAGGGCAUUAUGGGAAAAACUGUGAAGAGAAAUGUCAUUGCAAUAACAACCAGUCAUGUGACCCAGAAAAUGGCCGCUGCUACCUCAGAUGUGCCCAAGGCAGAAUGGGUGACAGCUGUGAUCAAAUUUGUCCUCGUGGAAGUUUUGGUUUUAACUGUGAACAGAAAUGUAAUUGUCACAAUAGUGAGUGUAGCCCAGAGACUGGGCGCUGUAUUUGUAGAGCAGGCAUGCGGGGAAGACAUUGUAAUAAGCCUUGUCGUAAUGGAACAUGGGGAGUUAACUGCAUGUAUGAAUGCACCUGCAAGAAAGGAGAGUGCGAUAAGGUCACAGGGGAAUGCAUCUGUCCGGAUGGAUGGUAUGGUCUUGAAUGCCAAAAUGCCUGUCCUCCAAAUCGGUAUGGUUUCCAGUGUUUGCUGCAGUGUAAGUGUGAGAACAACGCCAUGUGUAACCCUACAGAUGGCUCCUGUAAGUGUAAGGAGGGGUUCAGGGGCACCUUCUGUGACCAAGUGUGCCCCCCGGGGACGUAUGGACCGGACUGUAUCUACAGGUGUGCCUGUAAGAACGGGGCGGAGUGUGACCAUAUCACAGGGGAGUGUAUCUGUGGGCCGGGCUGGAAGGGCGUAGGCUGUGAUGAAAUGUGUGAGCCAGGCACUUAUGGAGCAGGCUGUAAAGAAAAGUGUCGCUGUGCUAAUGGGGCAUCAUGUGACCAUAUUGGAGGAGGGUGCACCUGUGACGAAGGUUGGCAGGGGAAGCAUUGUGACAAGCCCUGCCCCCAGGGAUUUUUUGGCAUGGACUGUCGGGGGGUCUGUAACUGUGGCAACAAUGGCGCAGAGUGUAACCAUGUGACAGGGGAGUGCAAGUGUUCAGCAGGCUGGACGGGGAUGGACUGCUCCAAGACCUGUCCCCUGGGGACCUUUGGGGAGGGGUGUCAGCACCAGUGUCACUGUGGUAACGGGGGUACCUGUGAUCCUGUGUCUGGAGCCUGCGUGUGUGCGGCGGGAUGGAGGGGCAAUCACUGCGAGGAGGAGUGUCCUCGUGGAUUUUAUGGAAUCAAUUGUUUGUACCACUGCUUUUGUCGAAAUGAUGCCCCAUGUAACAGCAUCACGGGAGAAUGUAACUGUACAAGUGGCUUCACUGGAACAGCCUGUGAAAAAUCAUGUUACGAGGGUUUCUAUGGCCCCAACUGUGUACAUCAGUGCAAGUGUGUGCAUGGAGAAUCCUGUGACAAAGAGAUAGGCAAAUGUAAAUGUCUGCCAGGAUACCAUGGAGAGUUCUGUGACAAAGAGUGUCCACAGGGAUUCUAUGGGGAAGACUGUGAUGAAGGUUGUGGGUGUCAGAAUGGGGCGUCAUGUCACCAUGUUACCGGGACCUGUACGUGUACCGCUGGGUGGAGAGGCCGGCAGUGUCACCGACCCUGCAUGAGAGGAUUUUAUGGCAAAGACUGUAUGGAGGUGUGCCGGUGUGAGGAUGACAAGCCAUGUGACCAUGUCUCGGGGAUAUGUGAAUGUCCACCAGGGUUCACCGGCAGCAGCUGUCAGGAGAAUUGUCCUGAGGGUCGGUUUGGGGAGGGAUGUAACGAGACCUGUGACUGUGACCAGAACUCGGUCUGUGACCCAGUUACUGGGCGCUGCAGCUGUAGACCGGGCUACUCCGGCAAGAACUGCUCCAGAGGGAAAAAGAAUAGAAAAAAUAGGAAAGCUCGAGGAAAGCAGAGAAAUGAGAGAAUAUCAGUCGUGUCUUUUGAAAACAAACCCAAAGUGAGGCCCAACUCAGAAUCCUGGAGAACUGGUUGUGAAGAGGGAAUGUUUGGUGUAAGCUGUGAAAACAAGUGUAACUGUGAGAAUGGGGCCACUUGUGACCCUACCACAGGGACAUGCAUGUGUCCUCUGGGUUAUAUCGGCCCCACCUGCUCUGAGCCCUGUCCCCGGGGAUAUACAGGUCAGGGCUGUAGACAUGUCUGUAAGUGUAGAAAUGAGGCAACCUGUGACCCAGAAAAUGGCCGGUGUCUGUGUCCACCUGGUUACCAUGGAGACAGAUGCCAAUUUAAAUGUGAUGAAAACAGUUUUGGCAAGGACUGCAGUGGAAAUUGCAACUGUUCUGAAAAUGGUCGCUGUGACCCGGUGACAGGUCAAUGUCACUGUGACCUUGGCUGGAUGGGGGACAGGUGCGAUCAGCUGUGUCCAUCGGGAAAGUUUGGGCCGGCCUGUGUCCACUCUUGUGUGUGUCAGAACAAUGGGUCAUGUGACCCAGUGAGCGGAUGUUGCAGCUGCCUGCCAGGGUUCUAUGGACAGAGCUGUGAAUUCAGCUGUCCUGAGGGAACUCAUGGUCUGUACUGCCGUGAGACAUGCAGCUGUAAAAACGGUGCCAAGUGUAAUCCAAUCAAUGGCCAGUGUAGGUGUAAACCUGGCUACCAUGGCGACAACUGCCAACACAUGUGUUCACGAGGGUUCUAUGGAUCUAAGUGUAGAGAGGAGUGUCAGUGUGGCUCCUCCCACUGUGAUCAUGUGACAGGGGAGUGCUUCUGCCCUGUCGGACUGAAGGGGGCCAAUUGCACAAACAUGUGCAAGCAAGGAAAGUAUGGUCCAAACUGUGAGUUUUUCUGUGACUGUGAUAACCAGGGAUUCUGUGACCCUGAAAGUGGGGCCUGUGUGUGUCGGGGAGGCUUCACUGGCUCCAGGUGUCAGUACAUCUCAGUUGCACACAUAUCUGACCUUGAACUUGAUGAUGAGUAAAGAUGAGGCAUCUUCCUCCACCAGAAGAGGAGACAUUCCAUGGAAUGUACAUUACUUUGGCAGGAGGUGACAGAAGCAGAGACAUCUCACAGGUGCUUCUAUAAAUAGAACACUCCCCCAUCCAAUCACAGUGUUUAAAGGGAGACAAUCUUUUUACCCAGAAUUCCACUGCAUCAAUCACCACACCUCACACUUCAUCCACCAGCUUUGAUUGGAUGUAAAACCUGUGCCAAUAGAUUUCUAUUUUAAGAUGCUGUUUGAUAAAAUGACAGAUGUGUAAUUGGCAUUUCUAAUACUUUUCUUUUUUUAAUUAAUUUAACAUUUGUUCUAAUUUAUCGGGUUAUAUUUCCAUCAUUAAUUUAUGAGAAUGUUUUAUAUGAUAAGAUUAGGGUAUUUUUCUUUGCUUUUGACUUUCAAUGAGCAACAAUAUUUGCUGUAGCCAAAAAUAUUUUAUAUUUUAACAACUAUAAACAUAUGUAUAUUUGAGCUCACUCAAUUUCAAUGAUAAGUAGAUAAAAGUGUAAAUAUUUAAAAAAUAGUGAAGUAAUUUCCAUUUCACAAUUCUUACGUUGAUUGACAUUGAAUAACUUUCAUAGGAAAAGCAUGUUGAGAAACUUGCUAUAAUACAUGUUGUAUCAAAUUGUUGGUAUGUUGGUUAUAGCUGAUUGAAUGGUUGUUAAAAGAUUUUAAUGUGUGGGAUCAAUUUUGAGAAUGUGUUCGAUGUACUUGGUAUUUUAUUUUAUUGAAGACCAAAGAAAAUUACAUUUUUAGCCUUUUAGAAUCUUAUGAAUUGGUGCAAUAUAUUUACCAUUAUUUAACUCCUAGUUGCCCUUUGUUUAUAUUUCAUAUCUAUGUGUAUGACAGGUGUUAAUUGCAUGGUUAUAUUGCUAUAAUGCUACAUGUUUUGAUUUAUGUCAUGGAUGUAUAGAAUUAUCACAAUAUUUAUUUCAUAAAAAUACAUGUGUUAUCUGUGUACAUCAAUAUCCACAUUCAAAUCAUUCAAUAUGUAUUAUAUUAAUGAUAAGUUAAAAGGGGUAAUCAUGAUUUAUAAAUGAUACACAUAUAUGAUCAAAUGAUGUCUAUACAUUGUAUACCUCUUAACAAGACAUGGACUUUAGGUAGUUUGUGUCAACAGCAGUUUGAUUUAGGCCUGUUCAUUGAUAUUGCCUAUCAACAACAUUUGUCAGACUCUUUGCCUGUGUAAUUGGUUAAAUCAUAUUUCACUUGAGGCCACUGUCAUAGUAAAAGUCCAUUGUUUUGUUAAAAUAGCUUUGAAUUACUUUAUAAUGUGAUUAUUGAUGUGCAUGAAUGAAAUAAAUAUUUUAUAACACAUUUAUAGAUGAUUGUUCCACCAUAGAUAUUUACAUGAUUUUGUUUACACCUAUUUAUGACAUCCAUUGCCAGUGUUUUAAUUGUGAUCAUAAAUAUUAUCAUGUUGUAAUUAUAUUGAUUUAUUUUCACAUGUAUUUUGUAGCUUCAAAAAUACUCAUUCAAAGCCUGAUACCAAGUGGCUUGCUCGAUUCUAGGUGAUACCAUAUGUGUAAUAUAUAGUACGAUAUAGUAGCAUAUACAUAGUAUAUGUGUUGAUAUGAAGAAUAACUUCGUGCUUAUUAUACCUCUAUGGUAAAUUGUUUCCUUUCCAGAAAUUUGCUGUACUAGAGAAUGACUGUUGUUAUAUUAAACAUGAAAGUUGAAAGUCAAUCCUUUGGGUAAAUUUUCCUUAGAGGUGUGUUACUGUUAAACAUGUAACAAUAUCCUCUGUAUUUUUAAGUUUUGAAAAUAGUCUCCACAAUCUAGCUACAAGUUACUGUCUGUAUGCAAUGAUUAAAUUCAACAUGGCUACUUCGGUUUUCA